AUGGACUCGGCCAAGAUCUUUGCUCUCGGCCUCGCCGCCGGUCUCGCCAUCCACGCAUUGAUGCGCAACCGUGCCAAACAGGCAUCCAACCAACCAAAUGAUUCAAUAGCGUCCAAGUCGAGCAAGAAGAACAAGAAGACCAAAAGGACCAAGGACGCCGCAACGGUGCCAGACGUGGUCAACCAGCCAGCACCAACCCAUCAGCCCGUUGUUGCUCAAACCGCAUCGCAGAAGAAGAAGGUCAAAAAGCAACAGCAACAGCAACAGCAACAGCAACAGCAACAGCAACAGCAACAACAGUCACCACCGUCACAGCCUUCUAACGUCGAGAGUGACGAAAGCAACGAAAGCUAUGCGGCCGUUGCAGAGGCGAACGGGGCCAUCAACAACGAGGCGAUUCGGGCUAAAGCCGAUGCCGUUCAAACCGCUUUCACCGCCUCGCUGGGCGAUAUGCGCGAUGCCGAUGUCGACCCGCUUCCCGCUGGAUACAGCUCGACAGCACGCAUCCCCGUAGCCGAGGUCAAAGCGCCUAAACCUAGCUUGUCCAAGAGGGAUCUUGAUGACGGAUGGUCUAGCGUCGGCGGCUCGGGUUCGUCGUCGGCUGCUUCCAAGUUGAACGGCCUCAGCAACGCCACCAAGCCUAAUAGCAAUGGUGUCAAGCCGUCCAUCGCGUCCACCAACCCGUUCGCCGCGCUCCCGGACGACGCUACAACAUCCUCAGUGCGUCGAAUUCCCGCCAAAUCUGCUAACAAGCUCAACGGCGUCAACGGCAGCGGAUGGACCGUCGCCUCGCACUCGGCUCUCACCAAACCACGCAGCAAUGCCAAUGCCAACGGCACAGUCAGCACAGCAACAGAAACCAAAAAACAGCGUUCCAACGCUAACAAGGCGCAAGCCAAGAAACAGGCCAAAGAGGAAGCCGACCGCUUGCAGGCUGAGCGUCUGGCUGCUCAUCGCAGGGAGCAAGCCAAUGCAGCCGCCAAGCAGAGAGAGGCAGCCAAGAGACCCACGCCCACAAGCGUGCCGCGAACGAGCACCAACGCAACCAGUGCAAAGGCCAGCGUGGAUCUGAACGGCAGGUUGGUGUGGGAUUGA